GGCUCAAAGUCUGGCGUGGAAGAAGAGAAUGGGCCUACUUGCUUUAUCGGCUGGUCUUACAAUUGGGGGUAUCGUGGCAGUUGUUCUCACUGCUGGUUUUCAUGUCCUUUGUUAUUGAGCGUUAUCAGUGGUGGGAUAAAUUCUUUAAGUGAGACCAUUAGCAAGGAGGCCGUCUUAGAUGGGUGUAAUGUUAAACAGUGGCUAUUGUCAACAGGUAUUGGAUGUCUUCUUGCGUCUCUUCCGGGUGGAGCGGCCAUAGCAACAUCCCUUAUUUUGAAGUCUGCAGCCCUCUCAGUUAGUGAGUUCACUGGAAUUAGAAUCGCCAUUGCUGCUGGCUGUGCUACUGCUUCAUCCCUCGGCACGGAUGCGAAAAAAUAUUUCAUCGAUGGCCGCGAGAUCACCACUAAGCAGGCUGUCUGUCACGCAACUUGUCAAUGUGCCGCAGCCGUUGCUGCAACUCUUGUGGGGGCUGGUGUUGCCAAGGCUAUGCACCUCGGUUCUCAAACUACAGCAGCAGCAUCCGACCUUGAGGGAGCAGUGGGGGACAUGAGCGAAGGGGCUUCAACAAUACUAGAAAAUGUUGAGGGAGUAGUCGAAGAAAUUAGCGAACAGAGUCCAUCGAUGUUUGAUCAAGCAAGGUGCUUGUUGGAGCAACUUCCAGUUCCGUCAACCUCAAAAGUCACCAGAGUUUUGAUUGAAAAAGGUGGCGAAUUGGCAGAAAAGCUCUCAGAUGAUGCUGAAGAGCUUCCAGACGAAAUUUUUUCCCUACAGCCCGACGACGUUGUUAUUGAGAAAGCGUUUGAGCUUGUAAAAAAGUUCACACAACAAAAUGUUGAUCUGCAAAAUCUGACCUAUAAAGAGGGCAACGGAGAUGACUCUGACUCAGAAUGUACCCAAGAAGCAGUUGGCGCGCAAAUGACUGAAAAUCAUGAAUCAUUCAAUCAGAGAGGUGGACUUAUCAUGUAUAUAUGUAAUGGUUGGUGGUUGCCUGCAUUAUCCCAAAUGAUUGUAAGCUACAUACAAGACGACAAAGAGGUUACAAAGAAAGUCAGAGGGAAUAGAAAGCAAAUUAAACUUACUGAAAAUGCGAAGGAAAUAAAAGUCCGUUUCAAAAUUUGGCGACCCACCUCUGGCUGGGGUCAUGUUAAUAAGUAUAAUCGUUUCGCAAGAUGGUGGUGUCAGCCAUACGAGCCACAUGUAUUCCACUACCCAACACCAGUGACUCGCACGUUUACCAUCGAAGGUACUCUGUGGUGGGAAGCGGUGAUGAAAGUAACAGACGAACAUCACAACGAAAAAGAGGACAUAUAA